CGGAGUUCCUGAUCAGAAUGGCUCCAGGCUGUGACAUCACAGAGCCCCCACCCCUGUCACAGGAGGAGAGGAGUCAUGAGGCUGUGGCUGUGGGCUUGGGUGUGGGUGUGGCUGCUGGGGCUGGGGGCCAUAGAAACAGCACCCAGCCCACAGAGGGCCAACACCUUGACCCGGCGAGCAGAGUCUGUGCUCUUCCUGGACAGACCUGACUUCUUUGAUUACCCGGACUCAGACCAAGCCAGGCUCCUGGCCGUGGCCCGGUUUAUUGGAGAGAAACCCGUCAUCUUUGUUAACUCAGGAUACAACUCUGAGUUCUUCUAUCACAUCCUAGUGGGUGCUCUGGUAGUGGCCUUCCUCUUCCUCCUUUUCCAGUUCUGCACACACAUGUGAGAUCGCUCACCCUUAUAUCACAGAUGAGGAAACUGAGGCUCAGAGACAUGCAGCCACAGGUCCCAAGCACCACGGCUGGGCAUGUCCAGCCCAGGCCAGGCUGACCCCACACCCUCACGCUGUUUGGGGCCGGUCUGGUGCUCAGGAAACCCUCUGUGGAGACUCUCCCCAACCUGUCCUGCUAUUGAGACCAGGCCACAGGGCUUCCCCGGUUCCUGCUGGCAUGAGCAGGACAGGAGACCCUGGCUUUCUACACCCCGACUCACCACCGACAGCGGGAAGCAUACGAGCACCAUGACGGCGUGGUGGAGCACCAUGAGGAACUCCUUGUGCAGGUAGCCGCGUGCCACGGCCCAGGUGCUGCCUGGGGCUCUGGCCCCCCCUUCGUCCCCUCCGUGCCCCUUGACCUGGUGCUUGUGCCAGUGACAGAGGAACAUGGCGUAGAUGUCAUAGAUGAAGUAGGGCACUGCAAAUUGCGUGUAGGCAGAGGAAAGCCAGUGUCUGUUGGGCAGAGAGAGAGAGAGAGAGAGAGAUCAAAGAGGAAAGGAGAGGGACAGAGCAGCCACCAGGUGCCACAGUCAGCACUGGACGUGCCACAUGAGUCAGAUCUCAAGUGAUAUUCACAACAACCCUGAGGCGAGAGUGGACUCUCGAGUUACAUGAUGGAACCCAAGGGUAGAGGGCAAGAAACUGGCCCAAGGUCACACCGUCACACCGCUGGUAGGUAGUAGUGCUGGAAUUCAAACCCAGACUGUCUGAUCUCAGAGCCCACCCAUUUUUCAUAUUCAUUCAUUCAUUCAUUCAUUCAUUCAUUCAUUCAUUCAUUCUUCUCUCUCUCUUUCUGCAAUAUGGUAGGCAAGAAAAGGGAAAAGAUACCCAAAGACAGCCACAGACCAUAGGGCAGUGUGAGAGUGAGAAAGCAAGUUCCGGCAAGAUAUGAGAGACAGCUGAGGUUAGGACAAAUAACAGCAGAAGAGGCAAGAGCAGUGGAGAGGGGUCAUAGUGGCCAACAUCCAUUGACUGCUUAUUACAAGCAGGCGCUGUCCUAAUAGCUAAAACCCUUCACACACAUAGACUUAUUCCCUCCCCACAAAAAACUUCAUACAAAGUAGGUAUGGUUAUCACCCCCAUUUCACAGACGAGGAAACUGAGAGAUUAGGUAACUUGGCCAAGGAAUAACCAUGAGAGAAGUCUGGUUCCACAGCCUUCGCCUAGAGCCCCACUGUCUCUAGAAGAUUCAAGACGUGUCACAGACGGGCCUUUGCUAGGGAUUUGGUGGUGCUUUCAGUGCCGGUUGUUCCACCUGAAUGUGGUCCAACCUCUUGUUUUUUCAGGUACAGCCAAGCAUUAAGGCGAAAACGCUGAGCGAAAGGAGCCAAGAGCAGAGAAAGUUCUGUGUACUUUGGGAGUAAACAAAAAUGAAAAGUGCAUGAA